AUGAUACUCAGACAUCAUAAUAUAUCAUUUACAUGGCUACUACUCCUUCUACUGACAAAUUUUCUGUGUGUCUUUGCUAAUACUGAAACAUUUCAAGUAGCAUUGCCAUCUGGUGCAGCUCUUAAAUCUGUAGGUGUGCUUUUUAAACCCACUGUUACUGAUGACCUCACUAUUUGGUCAGUAGAUAUAACAUCAAACUUAAGAGAUUUACAGCCUAUUGUGUUAAAUUUGGUGUAUAAUAGUGAUGAAUAUGACGAAUAUGAUUUGCAAUUAUACUCCUUUAAGAUAUGUUGGUCCGCUAUAACACCAAUAUCUUAUAAGAGUCAAUCAUUUACGGUGAAUCACACUAACCUUACAUCAACUAAUGAAGUGGCCUAUGAUAUUUCAUUCAUGUUUGAAAGUGAUUCAUACCCACCGAUAGAACAUCAGUCACCAAUUAUGAUCAAUUGUUCUAUUAGUAAAUUGAUUUGGGGUGUUUUACCAAGUGAAUUAUUACCUACAUUAUUCAUGAUCUUGAUUGUUUUAAUUUCAACUAUAUCAUUUUAUAAAGUAUAUAGACACAUACCAAUUUUAUAA